AUUUUUUUCCCUACGAGAUAUACGUAUGAAAAUACCCCUCCAAACGAGAAGGCAUUUAUCAGCAUACACACGGAUUUAAUUUUACACAGUUUUCUGAUGAAAUGAAAUCCUGCUUCUAAUCGGAGAGAGAGGCUUCUGAUUCUCGUUUAUGGCUGUCCCAGCUGCCAUUGUUGUUUUGCCGUUGGGCGUUCUAUUCUUCUGUUCUGGACUCGCCGUUAACCUAAUCCAGGCAGUGUGCUAUGUGCUAAUAAGGCCUAUUUCGAAGAGCACUUACCGGAGGAUAAACCGGCAGGUUGCAGAGCUAUUAUGGCUCGAGCUUGUGUGGCUGAUCGAUUGGUGGGCUGGUCUCAAGAUUGAACUUUACACUGAUUCUGAAACCUUCAAGUUAAUGGGUAAAGAACAUGCACUCGUCAUGUGUAACCACAGGAGUGACAUUGAUUGGCUUGUUGGAUGGGUAUUGGCUCAGCGUUCAGGUUGCCUUGGUAGCACUCUGGCUGUUAUGAAGAAAUCGUCAAAGCUCCUUCCUGUCAUAGGAUGGUCUAUGUGGUUCUCUGAAUAUCUCUUUCUUGAAAGAAGCUGGGUAAAGGAUGAAAGCACCUUAAAGUCAGGACUUCAACGGCUAAGGGAUUUUCCUCUGCCAUUUUGGCUGGCACUCUUUGUUGAGGGGACUCGCUUCACGCAGGCAAAACUUUUAGCUGCUCAAGAAUACGCAACCUCAACAGGGCUGCCAGUUCCAAAAAAUGUAUUGAUUCCUCGAACUAAGGGUUUUGUAACAGCAGUAAGUCAUAUGCGUUCAUUUGUUCCUGCUAUAUAUGACGUGACGGUUGCUAUUCCCAAAGCAUCUCCACAACCAACCAUGCUCAGACUUUUUAAAGGACAAUCUUCGGUGGUUCAUGUGCACCUCAAGCGACACUUGAUGAAGGAUUUGCCAGAAACAGAUGAAGCUGUUGCUCAAUGGUGUAGAGAUGCCUUUGUAGCCAAGGAUAAGUUAUUGGACAAGCACAUAGCUGAGGGCUCCUUUGGUGAAAGAUGGCAAGACACUGGGCGUCCAGUGAAGUCCCUUUUGGUGGUCUGUUCUUGGGCCAUACUGCUCAUUUUGGGAGCAUGGAAAGUUUUCCAGCGGUCCUCAAUCUUCUCGUCGUGGAAAGGCAUCACCUUUUCAGCAAUUUGUUUGGCUAUCGUGACAAUCCUCAUGCAGGUCUUGAUUCAGUUCUCGAAAGCUGAAAAGUCGACCCCUGCUAGAAUCGCUCCGACAGGAGGGGGAGAUGCGUCGAGUAGGCAACCAAAACAGCAGUAGGUGAAAGCGUGCGCAUCUCAUCGGCCUCACUAUCACUAUCCUUCCUGAUCCAGCUGAGUUAUCUCGUCCAUUUUAUAUAUGUAUUUUCUAACAGUUGACAUAUGCAUGUUCUUGAAUUUCUUAUUUGAAUGUACAAACACAAUUAACUGAUCUUGUCAUGAUUUGGGAGAACAACUUGGCUUGAAAAUUCAUUGUUGUUAAUUCAACUGUGAUGGGAUAUUGGGGCAAAUUUUAUAGUGAAAGCAGAGAGGUUUUUUUUUUUCUUGUUUUGUCUAAUUCUCUCUUGCUCUGUAAAAUGUGACUGGACUUCAGAUUUUGGAAUGGAGGUUAUUGACAUA